AAACCCAAGCCUCCUCUGCCACACACACACCUCGCCAGCACCACAGCCAUCGCCACAGUCACAGUCAGCGAGAGAGAGAGAGCAUGGACCUGCUGAACCCCGAGCAGAUCUCCGAGUUCCGGGAGGCGUUCGCGUUCUUCGACAAGGACGGCGACGGGUGCAUCACGGUGGAGGAGCUGGCGACGGUGAUGGGGUCGCUGCAGGGGCAGCGGCCCAGCGCGGAGGAGCUGCGCGAGAUGAUCCGCGACGCCGACGCCGACGGCAACGGCGCCAUCGACUUCGCCGAGUUCCUGGGCCUCAUGGCACGCAAGACCGCGGGGGGCGGCGCCGGCGGCGGCGCCGACCCCGACGAGGAGCUGCGCGAGGCGUUCAAGGUGUUCGACAAGGACCAGAACGGGUACAUCUCCGCCACCGAGCUCCGCCACGUCAUGAUCAACCUCGGCGAGAAGCUCACGGACGAGGAGGUGGAGCAGAUGAUCCGCGAGGCCGACCUCGACGGCGACGGCCAGGUCAACUACGACGAGUUCGUCAGGAUGAUGAUGCUCUCCGACGGCGCCGGCGCCGGCGCCGCAGCCACGGGCCACCACCAAUGAACCCAUCUCCACCUUUCAUCAGCCUAGCGCUUCCCAUCACGUCCCUUGCCGAUGGAGUGGCGGAUCACUCCAUCCGUCUCUGCUUCCCUUUUCUUUUUCACCCCCUCAAAAAAAAAAAAAGAUCAGCGUCCGUCUCUCUAAUGUAACGUACGUAAUGUAAUGUAACUGAUCAAAUAUUCAACAAGAAAUUUAAUUACCGAAUGGA